AUGUUAACCGUCCAUAAAUUCAUAGCUUCUAACUGGGAUCUCAAGGAGACACCACUACGUUUUGGAGAGGCUCAUACACAGAUUUGCUCUUCGAAUAUGAAAAAAAGUGACAGACUUUCUAUCGCCCUCAUCCAACUGCACAACUUUAUUCGCCCAUUGUACCUGGCGUACUCUUUGGAAGAAUCAAAAGGAUCUCAGCACAAGUCGCUAGCAAGAGCUCUCUGGGACACCAGCUCCCUGCUUAAUUAUACAGUUCAGAGUGUGAAAACUGAGAUCCGUAGAAAUGAGUAUCAGAUGCCUACUACUCAACAUUUGUCAAAGGUGCAAAUGAAUCACUACACCCGCGAUUACCUACAAGCAAUGGUCGAACAGAAUCGAUUGAGUAUAACGAUCACUGAGGAUGUUGUGGAAAUCUAUCGAAAUUAUGUCAUCCUUUACACAUUAAAAGACGUCAUCCUUCACGAUGUGUUGAGGUGUCUUUAACAUAGUCGACGACUCACCGUCUGGUUGAAACAUCGUUUUUCAAGGAUACUGGAGCAUGAAGAAUAUCGUCGAAUUUUAUUUAAUUACGGAAUUGUUGAAAUAUAUUUUACAGUAAUUAGUUAUUUAUGAGGUUUGACUGGUAAAUACUUAUAAUUCUAUCGGUUGUUAACACUCAAAAUUACGUUUGAAAAAUCCUUAAGGUGCUCUUUUUUCUUAAUGGCAGCGUUUGCCCUAAAUCUUGUAUGAUUAUUUGAGUCUAGAGUCAUUUGGAUAUUUUUACCAUCUGAAAUUAAACCUUUCUUCGAAUACCAAUUCCUUGAUAACACAUCUGGAUAAUCAGUGACCUUAGUUUCACCUUUUAAUGCUUAUUCCGUCAGGGAUUGAACGCAUAAUUGCGCCUCCGUGUUUCCAGAUAACAUUAAUGAUGUUGCAUGAGUUACCCUUUGUAAGGGGAAUUAAGUAUUUCUCUUACUGAUCAGUAUCAGUGUUCUUGUUAAUCUGUUACAGAUUUAAGUCGAUGAUAAGCUUCUAUAAAUACCUUAUUGUUACGUGAUAAGCCGUUUCAUUGAAUUAAAUCGAAGAUAGCGGAG